AUGCCUGAGCUGGCAAAGUCUGCUCCUGCUCCAAAGAAGGGCUCUAAAAAAGCUGUGACUAAGGCCCAGAAAAAGGAUGGGAAGAAGCAUAAGUGUAGCCAGAAGGAGAGUUACUCAGUGUACGUGUACAAGGUGCUGAAGCAGGUCCACCCAGAUACUGGUAUUUCUUCUAAAGCCAUGGGCAUCAUGAAUUCCUUUGUCAACGAUAUCUUUGAGCGCAUCGCGGGUGAGGCUUCUCGCCUAGCCCACUACAACAAAUGCUCGCCUAUUACCUCCAGAGAGAUUCAGACUGCCGUGCGCCUGCUGCUUCCUGGAGAGCUGGCCAAGCAUGCUGUGUCCAAGGGCACCAAGGCCGUCACCAAGUACACUAGUGUCAAGUAAACUUACCAAGUAAGGAGGGACUUUCUCUGGAAUUUCCUGGUCUGAACAAGAAUGCUUCUUACCAAAAAACUCAUAGUUGCCUUCAGUCCCCUCCCUGUUACAUCAAGGUCUAUG